GGUUUCGCUUCUCCUCCUAUAUCAUUACCAAGCAGAAGAGAAGACAGAAUCAUCACAACAACCAACACAAUUCACACACAAUCGAAUAUAGUCAAACCCAAAUUCACCGAUUCGUCAAGCUUCAGUGUACUCAAUCUUCUCAUUCGCCAAAAGUUUUCUGUUUCAGGUUUAAGUACCAACCAUGAAUCCUGACAAAUUCACACACAAGACAAAUGAGGCCCUUGCUGGGGCUCAUGAAUUGGCUAUGAAUGCCGGUCAUCCACAAUUUACACCUCUCCAUAUAGCUUUGACUUUGAUUUCUGAUCCCAAUGGUAUUUUUCGACAAGCAAUUGUCAAUGCUUGCGGUAGCGACGAAGGUGCAAACUCAGUUGAGAGGGUCUUCAAUCAGGCAUUGAAAAAACUCCCCUCCCAAACCCCUCCCCCUGAUGAAAUCCCCGCAAGCACUACGCUCAUUAAGGUGCUAAGAAGGGCUCAAUCAUCACAAAAGUCCCGAGGCGACACCCAUUUAGCAGUUGAUCAAUUGAUCCUUGGCCUUUUGGAAGAUUCCCAAAUUGGUGAUCUUCUCAAAGAAGCAGGAAUCAGUACUUCAAGGGUGAAAUCGGAGGUUGACAAGCUUCGUGGAAAGGAAGGAAGAAAGGUGGAAAGUGCCUCAGGGGAUACUAAUUUUCAAGCUCUGAAGACUUAUGGCCGGGACCUUGUAGAGCAGGCCGGAAAGCUUGACCCGGUUAUUGGCAGGGAUGAAGAGAUUCGGAGGGUUGUUAGAAUUUUAUCAAGAAGAACCAAGAACAACCCGGUUCUUAUUGGUGAGCCGGGCGUGGGUAAAACUGCAGUGGUUGAAGGCUUAGCCCAAAGGAUUGUUCGUGGAGAUGUUCCUAGUAAUCUUGCUGAUGUGAGACUUAUAGCAUUGGAUAUGGGUGCAUUAAUUGCUGGAGCCAAGUAUAGAGGAGAGUUUGAGGAAAGAUUGAAAGCAGUUUUGAAGGAAGUAGAAGAGGCAGAAGGAAAGGUGAUUCUUUUUAUUGAUGAAAUUCACCUUGUUUUGGGUGCUGGUCGAACAGAGGGGUCGAUGGAUGCUGCUAACCUCCUCAAGCCCAUGCUUGCUAGGGGCCAACUCAGAUGCAUUGGUGCAACAACUCUCGAGGAGUAUAGGAAAUAUGUGGAGAAAGAUGCGGCUUUUGAGAGGCGGUUUCAACAAGUUUAUGUGGCUGAACCAAGUGUUCCUGAUACAGUUAGUAUUCUUCGAGGGUUGAAGGAAAAGUAUGAAGGACACCAUGGUGUUCGAAUUCAGGAUCGAGCUCUUGUGGUUGCUGCACAACUAUCUGCUCGUUAUAUUACUGGCCGUCACUUGCCAGACAAGGCGAUUGACCUUGUUGAUGAAGCAUGUGCCAAUGUUCGGGUCCAGCUUGAUAGUCAACCGGAAGAGAUUGAUAAUCUUGAAAGGAAAAGACUUCAGUUAGAAGUUGAACUCCAUGCUCUUGAGAAGGAGAAAGACAAGGCUAGUAAAGCUCGGCUUCUUGAAGUGAAGAAAGAGCUUGAUGAUUUAAGGGACAAACUUCAACCUCUGGUGAUGAAGUACAAGAAGGAGAAGGAAAGGGUUGAUGAACUUCGCCGACUCAAACAGAAGCGAGAGGAGCUCUUGUAUUCAAUACAGGAAGCUGAAAGGCGAUAUGAUUUAGCUAGAGUUGCGGAUUUGAGAUAUGGAGCAAUUCAAGAAGUGGAGACUGCAAUAGCAAGGCUUGAAGGGAGUUCAGAAGAAAAUUUAAUGUUGACAGAGACUGUUGGACCAGAUCAGAUUGCAGAAGUCGUAAGCCGUUGGACUGGCAUACCUGUUACAAGGCUUGGCCAGAAUGACAAAGAAAGGUUGAUUGGCCUUGCUGAUAGGUUGCAUACAAGAGUGGUGGGACAAGAUCAAGCUGUCAGUGCAGUUGCUGAAGCUGUAUUAAGGUCGAGGGCCGGGUUAGGAAGGCCACAGCAGCCAACUGGUUCGUUCCUCUUCUUGGGUCCAACGGGUGUUGGGAAAACUGAGCUUGCUAAGGCUCUUGCAGAACAACUGUUUGAUGAUGAAAAUCUAUUGAUUCGUAUUGACAUGUCUGAGUACAUGGAGCAACAUUCAGUGGCUCGAUUAAUUGGUGCUCCACCAGGCUAUGUUGGGCAUGAGGAAGGUGGACAACUCACAGAAGCUGUGAGGCGGCGGCCAUAUAGUGUCGUACUUUUCGAUGAAGUAGAGAAAGCACACCCUUCUGUUUUCAAUACCUUGCUUCAAGUUUUGGAUGAUGGAAGGUUAACUGACAGCCAAGGCCGAACAGUUGAUUUCACCAACACAGUGAUCAUCAUGACUUCCAACCUCGGAGCAGAGUAUCUCUUAAAAGGAUUAAUGGGCAAGUGUACUAUGGAGAGUGCUCGAGAAAUGGUGAUGCAAGAGGUGAGGAAGCACUUUAAACCCGAGUUGCUCAACCGUUUAGAUGAGCUUGUAGUGUUUGAUCCGCUAUCGCACGAUCAACUGACGAAGGUUGCUAGACUUCAAUUGAAAGACGUAGCAAAGCGUCUCGCGGAACGUGGAAUUGCUUUAGGUGUGACUGAAGGAGCAUUGGAUGUUAUAUUGGCUGAAAGUUAUGAUCCGGUUUAUGGUGCAAGACCGAUUAGGAGAUGGUUGGAGAAGAGGGUCGUCACCGAGCUAUCAAAAAUGUUGGUUAAAGAGGAGAUUGAUGAGAAUUCAACUGUUUAUAUAGAUGUUUCGUACAACGGGAAAGAAUUGGUAUAUCGGGUUGAGAGAAAUGGGGGACUAGUCAAUGCUACAACGGGGCAAAAGUCGGACAUACUAAUUCAAAUUCCUAAUGGGCCGAGGAGUGAUGCAGCGCAGGCUGUGAAGAAAAUGAAGAUUGAAGAAAUUGAUGAGGAUGAUGAAAUGGACGAGUGAAUUGUUUGUUCAAGAUAACAUGAAAUAUGUGGGGGGGUAAGUGUUUGGAUGAUUGGAAAAGUUGAAGAAGAUGGUUUGUAGAGUUCUUUUUGGCUUUGGAUUGUAUGGUAUUGAUGUUUUGAUGUUUCUAGUGUUGGGUGGUGAAUGAAAUUUCCCCUUUCUUAAGAUCAUAUUAUUGGUUCUUUUCUUUGUU